AUGAUACGACGAGUUCGCCCUUUGCUGCACGCUCGAUCGGCUCGACCAGUGCCAAGUCUGUCUUUGAGGCAGGCAGGUGGCUCGCGGACAACUGCGCCACUCGCCCUUCACACACCACUAUGUCUCAUGUCAACUGAGGCGGGGCCCUCAACACCCGCUGCGCAUGAUGCUGAAAGACCGACAGAGCCGACAAGGGGCGAAAGCGACGGCAAGCAAAGGACCGACUUGCUCGAGUCCUACAGGGAGCUCGUCAGCUCCGGACGACUGAAGUGGGACGACGAGCAAGUCCGGGUUGUCAUGAAGGAUCUGGAGGAGUACGAGCCGCCAAUGGAGCUACUUGCCAAACUUGGGCCAACACCUCCCCGCCGUCCGAAGCGAAGCUGGUGGCACGGUCGUGGAGACCAUGCCGAAUUCGGUGCGACGGAGAAGGAGCGAGCGCUCGUCCGCGUCAUGACUGGCGAGGAAGAAAUCGCCGCCCUGACUACCCCGAAGGUGAGAACGGGCAAGUCUCUGCUACUCUCGCUCGCGUUCGACGCUAUCCCGACACCGUACAAGAAGCGUCACCACUACCACGCCUUCACUCUGUGGCUAUAUCAGCGCGUCUUUGCCGAAAUCGAGGCGUACAAGAACUCAGCGCCUGUGGCGCGGCACGAGUCGAAUAUGAACAAAGCGGGUGCGAAGGGGUGGCGGUCCGUCUUCGCUUCGGGGCGAUGGAAGGAAGGCGCGGACGUCGACCUGUCCGAUCAAUAUCCGCAGCUCGACGACCCUAGGGACACGAUACCCUUCCGGAUUGCAAAGGAGAUGAUUCUCGCCUACCACAUCCUAUACUUUGAUGAGCUGCAGCUGGUCGACGCUUCUUCCGCUACCCUGCUCAAGGACGUGCUGGGGUGGUACUGGCGGCUCGGCGGCGUCAUCCUGUUCUGCUCGAACCGCCUCCCGGAGGAUCUGUACAUGAACGGUGUGCAGAGGGAGCGCAUGGCAGGAUUCCUCGAUGGACUGAGGGCGAGGAGUGAGCUCGUCGAACUGGACGGCGGACGGGACUGGCGCCAAGCCGGCGGGGGCGAAGAGCGCUGGCUUGGCCUCGACGACCAGAAGUUCGAUGACUGGUGGGCCAAGGAAGGCGAAGGAUCAGGCGAGCCCAAGACAUUGGGUGUCUAUGGCCGCCGUGUCGAGGUGCCUGCCGCGAAGGGGAGCGCGUGCAAGUUCACCUUCGGGGAGUUGUGCGAGACGCCCCUGGGACCGGCGGACUACAUUACCCUUUCAUCAACGUUCCGGACAUUCUACCUCGACGAGGUGCCGGUCCUGCUCCUGAAGAGCAAGAACGAGGCGCGUCGUCUUAUCUCCCUCAUUGACGCACUGUACGAGGCUCGAUGCAAGGUCGUGAUCCGCGCCGCGGCGGACCCGGAGCACCUCUUCUUCCCCGACGCCGUGGACCCAUCGUUGGACCCGGACAUGUUCGAUCCGAUCGCUGCCGAGUCGCUGUCCGAGGCGCUCGACGCUCAGCCUCUCGCCAACGUGAGCAUCUACAACCCGCGCACACGAGCCGAGCAGGAGCGGGACCAGAUGUCGGAUCGCGGUACGGCGUUUGCAGUUUCGAACAUCUUCACAGGAGAGGACGAGCGUUUCGCUUACAAGCGAGCCGUGAGCCGGCUCAUCGAGAUGAGCCGUUCUGAGGCGUACCAGAAGGAGGCGUGGCUUCCCCUCGACGAGAGGGCCUGGGAAGCUUUCGGCGCUGAGACCACCGCUGCUGUCCGUGAACCGAGAAGGGGCAUCUUUGCCGAUCCCAUGCAGCGCUCGUACGGCGGGAAAGGCAUGGGUCCCAUCGCGCGCAGCCGAAUGCACAACGACGUGCUCGACUCUAUGGCCGCCGAGAGCGGCGCCAAAGCGCCGGGCAUGCAGGAGGAGCCGAUCCCUCCGAGUCCGAGGGAGGGUGCUCCGCGCAUCAAAGAGGUCCACGCAUGGGGCGUCGAAGAUCGAUGGGGCCCCAAGGCUGGUGACUGGGGCAAAGGGGCGAGUGUGUACGAUACUGGCUACAAGAAGAAGGGCGAGUGA